UUCAUUAUCACCUGGUAUUUAUGCAAAUAAAGUACACUUUGAUCGCUUAGUCUUCUGUCAUAGCCGCUCCAAUAUCAACAUAAGGAGUCGUUCCUUUAACAACCGCAGCAUCAAAAACGAGUGUUUUUUGCACAUAAAUGGACGCAAAGGCGGAAAAGAAAUAUUCCUAACGCGGUAGUCAUCGUGAUUUUUUUUUCCUUUUUGCUGUUAAUUAAAUAAUGAUUGUUUUCCAGCAGUGUUGUGUGUGCUAGUGAUUUAUUUGUGAGCUUUUGCUGUUGUUUGGUUUGGUUUUAUUUUUAUUGAUUUUUGUUGUUUUUUUUUGUUAUUUUAUCUCAUUUUUUUAAUCAUGUUCGCGUUGAAAUAUACGAUUAUUUGUGUGGCCGUGUUGACCGCGGCGGUGUUUUGCGACGAAUCGACCUUUACAACAAAUGCCAACAAUGUGUCUGAAGAUAAACACACUACUACCGUUAACGAUGACGAUUUCCUGGGAUUGACUACCUCCGCAACGCCUACAAACUUACCGGAUUUCAAGAAGCUCACGAAAAAAAGAUGUUCGCGAAGCUACAACAUGAACUGCCUGAAAGUGGACCUGAUCUCAUCAAUCGAUAAUCUCGGCAAAAACACCGAAUUCAGCAUCUUGCCCGGCAUCAAGGUCACCUCGAAUCCGGACGUUUUCGCAUCGCAGAAAACAUCCGACAUGAAGAUGGUAUUUUCGGCCGACAACGUUGGCGAUCAAUUGGACGAGCUGUUAUUGAAACGGGUAACCAACUACGCCAAAUCGCUAUCGAUCAACGUUCAAUUACUCGACAAAGAUCAAAAGAAGGGCAAAUCGUUUGGAAGCAGUAUGCUGGAUAAUUUCAUCCGUUCUGUUGACGGUAGAGCCGACAAGAAAACCAGCAAAUGGGGCUCGACUCUGAUGACCGCAGCAGUACUGACCGGAGGAACCCUACUGUGGAUGGGUCUCAGCUCGCUGAUGGCGAUGGCCACCAAAGCUCUAGCCGCCGCUUUACUCUCCAUAGUCAUCAGUUGUUUCACCGCUUACAAAACCAGCGGCCAUUCGGCUCAUCAGAAGAGCACCACCACCUACGAAAUCGUAGCCAAGCCAGUAUACUCUCACGCUUACACCGCCGAAUUGCAAGACCCUCAUUCGGCCGCCGCUUCGGGGCCUCUGCCGUAUGGUCGAAAUAUGGAAUGGGAUAAAAUAUCCAGCAUUUCUUCACGUUCCGAAAUACAGCUUCCCGUUCGAGACGACGUCCAUCAAUUAGCGUAUAAAGCUCACGUUCGACCUAUAUAUAACAAACGCUCCGCCUGAUAAGUGAUAGCCCGCGAUACAGUAUCCAGCUCCCUCAGCUACACUCACCAAUACCUAUACCCAUCCACCUAGACCAACAUACUACUAUACAAUCAUUCCUCGAGAUGAAAAAUUUUUCCGCGACCGAUCUGUCAUAUCGUGGCAACGGCGAGUUGGAGAGCGAAGAGAUGGAGGUAUAAAUUGGUCAAGGUGCAACUUCCUAGAAACACUGUCAAUUAUUAAUAAUAAGUAAUACUCUUCGUCUUUAUGGUAAUUAUCGCGUCUGUAUUCUGGGCGCGGACACGUUGAACAUCUCGAUACAUUAAUUUUUCGAUAGAAAAAAAAAUAAUAAUAUCGCGACUAUAAGGUAAAUAAAAACGUCAACUCAAACGCUCCUGUAUACCUAUUCUACCUCUUCCCUCUUUCUCACCACCUACGCAAUUUAUAACACGACAACGACGACGUCAUUCUAGUCAAUUUUUCGUCGUAGUUGUAUCUCCUCAUCGUCGAACGUUAAAAUAAUACAUUAGAAGCGAGCAGGUCCAGGUACCCAGCCAUCAGCUACCAAAAUACGAGUAAUAUAAUAUCCAUAAUAUCGUAAUUUCGGCUCGUCUCGGUCUGGUUUUGCCGGACUAGGUACACAGUAGAUGCACAGCUACCUUCUGCUUCUGCUGUGCGGUCAAAUUAAUUAAUCAUCGCUAACGAAGCAUUACCAACGACCGACGACGACACUCGCAGUUGCAAUACGCUGCUACGGAUGAUUAAUUUCCUAUGCCUCCUUCUCUGUGUGGCUCUUCUCUCGCGAAUAACCGAUAUGUAAACCUUGUCAACCUCUGUGCCGUUUGGAAAUUGAUUUUAUACGGGGAAAAAAAUUCCAUCUGUCUCUCGAUUUUGAGCUCGGCAACAUUCCAUGUGCUCAUCGAUGAGAUGAGCCAGAUCACACGAGAAACUCUUCGACAACCUCUCUAAGUCUCUAAUUUAGCUCUGAAAUUCGCCUCAUCGUCGUCGUCGUCUUCUGCAGAUCACAUUCUAGAUUAUUUUCUUCUUCACGUGUCUAUACGACGACCUUACACGAUGCCAUAUAUUUUUUUUGUUCAUUUAUACCAUACACAUAGCUGUACGCGCACGCACAUCGUGAAAAAUUGAUGGACUUUAUAAUAAGAAUAUAUAUGAGAGAAAAACGCGACCACUCUUACAAAUCGUCUCGCGCGCGUAUAUAUAUUACUAAUCGUGUCAAAUAAUUGGAUAAAAAUCGAAAGAAUUCAAUAAAAGAAGUCUAUUUUUCCCAUCCUAUAAAACGUAGUACCGGUAGGUAUGCUUUUAGUACGUUCGAACGAAUAGAUCAAAAAAUAUCUAUAAUUCGUCGACCAUUCGAAGAAAUGGCAUUCGUCGGUGCUAAUACCGCGAAAAUACCAGGCGUUGGUUGUAUUAUGUUUUUCGAAGGGCGAUCGUUCAGUUUCGAUAGAUCGAUGAUGGAAAUACAAUUCCGACGAAUGCUCGAAUCACCCAAUAGUAGAUACAGAACCAUCAGUCCAUCACAUUCCGUGUGUACCGGCUACCUGAUUCUUCUCUUUAUGUCAAGUGUAAUUACCCAUUGUAGAAAUAGAUACUACUAACCUGAUGUUGAACUAAAAAAAAAGAGAGAAAAAACUACAUUUUUCGAGUUUUUAAAAAUUCUUAAAUUGGCAUCGACAGCAGGAUUCGACCCCCCCCCCCUAAUCCUUUCCUCUUCCCGUCCAUCUUCAAAAACUUACAGGAUCGAGAAAGAAACGUUUUAUACAUAUCUGAGUAAAACGACACGAAAUUGGCGUUUACUGGAAUACUAGGAACUUAUUAUAAUGUAGUAAAUAGAAUGAGGAAAGCACCAACCUUCACCCUCACUCCCCUCUCCCCUUCAUCUCACAAUGAAGGGCCAUUUUUUAUUGUAAUAAAAAUGACAAAUUCGUCCGAUUGUAACUCUUUAGACCGAAUGAAAAAUUACAAAAUCUAAAUACGUAAAAGUGGAACAUUUUUUAUUGUAAAUUUGAUUUUAAAGGAAUGGUUGACAAAAUGAAAACCUAAAAUGAAAAAUGUUCCUCUUUUGAUGUACCACAGACCACAGUGGAGUUAUAAUUGGACAUAUUUGUCAUUUCAUCAGACCCAAAUUUUUCAUAAAUGAAGACAAACAAUUGCCAAAGUCCACCUUCUCAGGAGCUACGAUCUUUUUCUGGCUUAGGUAUAGCAAUUAUUGCUCGAAAAAAUACACUUUUUUCUCUCUUUUUGAAAAUCUACCUAAUCUUAAUUUUACUCGAUCAUUUUUAUGUAUGUUGUUGUAUUUAUAUGUAUUAGGUAUUUAUUUAAUCUGAUAUUUAUUUUUCUAAUUUAUUUAUUUAUUGCUUUUAAUAAAUUGUUGUUAUUGUU